AUGAACAUCCUCGGUUGCAAUAUUUGGAAUUGGACCGUCAGUGUGAGAAGAGCUGCCAGGAUUUUUUCGUUUGCUGGAUUUUCGAUUGGUGGUGCUCAUGGCUUUCGAUGGAGAGAGAUGGGAAGAUGGCGAGUGGCGACUGCCGUCGACGAGGGGCGACAAUGGGGGCCCUGCGCCUGCACUGCUGGAAGCUGGAUGGUGGUGGCUGACUGGCUGUCGUGCUCUGCUCUGCUACCCCCGGCGCCGGCGGUGACUCAUGGUGCAGAGAUGGAGGGCGGCGACUCUCGACUCUCGAGACUCGAGUUGUUGUUGGGAGGCAGGCGUGGCGGCGACUGGAAAUCAGUGAUGGGAGGGCGGCGGCGACGGCGACUGAGGGUCGGGAGACGGAACGGAAUGGAGUUUUGGCUGCUGGUCGCUGGAGGGUCGGGAGACGAUCGAUUCGAAGGAGACUGGCUGGCGGCUGCUGGAGGUGGAGGGCGACUGGGCGAGACUCGAGAGGCAGAGAGGAGAGGCAGAGGCCGAGAGGGUUAG